AUGGUGACCAAGUUCUAUCAGCAUGUCCUGGCCUUGGUGUUUGCUAUAAAAACGAUAAAUGAGAAUCCCAAGGUCUUGCCCAAUGCCACACUUGGAUUCCACAUCUAUGACAGUUACUACAUUGAGAGGAUGGCCUAUCGCACCAUUCUGGACCUGCUCUUCAAAUCACAAACGUUUCUCCCCAACUAUGCAUGUGGAACGCAGAAAAACCUAAUAGCCAUUAUUGGGGGACUCGCCUCUGAUAUCUCCUUUCAUAUGGCCGACAUCUUAAAUCUCUACAAGAUCCCACAGCUCCACCCAUUUCUUCAAGACAUUUCAUUUAACAACUCAGCUGGAGAACCGGUAACUUUUAAUGACAAGAGGGAAAUGGGAGCUGGAUUUGACAUCAUGAACAUGGUCAUGUUCCCCAACAACUCCUUUGUUCAAGUGAAGAUUGGAAGGGUGGAUCCCAAUGAAGGACACAAAUUCCUUAUCAGUGAAGAUAGGAUUGUAUGGCAUAGGCGGUUUAACCAGGUGGUUCCCCUUUCUGUGUGUACUCAUUCUUGCCAUGCUGGGAAUCAGAAGAAAGCAAAGGAAGGAGAAAAGUUCUGUUGCUUCGAUUGUGGUCCAUGCCCGGAAGGGAAGAUUUCAGAUCAACAGGAUAUGGAUGACUGUUUCAAAUGCCCAGAAAAACAAUAUCCAGGCAAGGAAAAAGAUAAAUGCAUUGCCAAGUCAAUAAGUUUUCUGUCCUAUGAAGAGCCUUUAGGGAUCAGUUUAACUUUGGUUACUCUUUCUUUCUCCUUAAUUACCGCUAUGGUGAUUGGAAUUUUUAUUAAGCACAAAGAUACCCCCAUAGUCAAAGCCAACAACCGGGACCUCACCUACAUUCUCCUUCUUUCCCUCCUGCUCUGCUUCCUCUGCUCUUUUCCUUUCAUUGGGCAGCCUAAGAAGAUGUCCUGCCUUUUCCGACAGUCCUCUUUUGGAAUGAUCUUUUCAGUGGCUGUCUCUUGCGUCUUGGCCAAAACCAUCACUGUGGUUAUGGCUUUCAUGGCCACCAAGCCAGGCUCCAACAUGAGGAAGUGGGUGGGGAAAAGGGUGACCAACUCCACUGUCAUUUCCUCCUUCUUCGUUCAAGCUGCCAUUUGUGCCACGUGGCUGGCAAUGUCUCCUCCAUUUCCAGAUUGGGACAUGCAUUCGCUGCCAGAAGAAAUUGUAGCAGAAUGCAAUGAAGGCUCUGUCCUCAUGUUCUAUCUUGUCUUGGGCUACCUUGGACUUCUGGCUACCAUCAGCUUCAUCAUGGCCUUCCUGGCAAGGAAGCUGCCAGACACAUUCAAUGAAGCCAAGUUCAUCACCUUCAGCAUGUUGAUGUUCUGCAGUGUUUGGUUGUCCUUUGUUCCGACGUACCUGAGCACCAAAGGGAAAUACAUGGUGGCUGUGGAGAUAUUCUCCAUCUUGGCCUCCACUGCUGGCUUACUUGGCUGCAUCUUUUCCCCCAAAUGUUACAUUAUUCUGCUGAGGCCUGAGCUGAACAGUAGGGCACAGCUAAUAAGGAGAAGAACUAGAUAACUCUAACUAGAUC